AUGAAAGUUAUCGGCAUUUGCAUGAAAGAACAGAAGUUCCAAGCCCUUGGAUUAGAAAAACUAGUUGGUGAAAGGAGGUUUGCACUUUUUAAAAUUCUGACUUCCCUUGAGAACAACUGACCUGAAAUACAUUAAGGUGAUUUUUUGUUGACGGAUAAACCGUCAGUAUAGUUACCUUACCUGAAAACCUAUAAUGUGCCAAGCAGCGUUGAUCUUGUUGUCCACAAGUCUACUGAUCUUCUUUCGGACUCGCAAGCCUGUUUACCUUUAGACGGCGAUGUAUGUCCGAUUGACACUAAACGGUACAUCUAACUUGUUUCCUCUUUAGAUGUCUUGUAAACCCGUAUUUGUUGACCAAUUUAAACACAUCAUUCCCAUCCUUAAUCGUUUCCAGCAAUACGAGCUUCUUUCCAGCUGUCUACUUAGAGAAAAAAUGGGUAAGUUUUUCGGAGAAUUCAAAAUUUACUGUGUACAUGUUUACAUACAGGGGCUAGGGGUUAUAUCCGGUUCAGAAGGUCGCGUCCACAAGUUCGAUCUGCGAAAAUCGUUAUGGGAAAACGAGCCAGUCAGAUUUCCUGCAUAAUUAGUGUGGCCUUUCAGAUGCCAUUUUUCACGAAAAAGUCGUUUGUAUGCUCUUGACAAAGCAAUGCACUGCUGCAUUUAUUCCAAAAGGCCAAAAAUUGACGACAAUAGGGGCCGUAAUUGCGCCUUGCUUUCAGCCCUCUGACAUUGCACCUCCCCUGACUGAUCACCGACUCGUCGAUUUUAACCACGUUACCCCAGCCGCUCAGCGGACAGCCACCCCCGCCGCAUGUCUUUCGCUCAACCUCCCCCCCCCCCGACAAGAGGCACGUCAGUGGACGUCACCCUUCUAGUGGUAGGCCAACCCUGGGUAAACAGAGACAGAAAGAUGUAUUACCAAUUGCACAUAGAUAUGAGAGCUAUUGCUUGUGGCUAAUUGCGACUCCGCAAUGAAAGGUCUAUUUCCCCUUCCCUCUGCAUAGGUCACACUGUAGGCAGUAACUGUCCUCCCUGAUGGCGUAUUCAGCAAAUAUCCUUAUCUGAUGGCACGCGCGCACCGCCUACACUCCAACUUCCCCUUCGGACCAGGUGUACAAAUAGCCGCGGUCCCUUUCCAUAGGCUUUUGAGUUCUUGUUCGUAGAGCCAUUUUUCUUCCUUGCAGGCGGCACUGCUUUUGUCCCUUCAUUCUGCCUCUUCGGCGAGGAUUUGUGUGAGAAUCACAGGGCUUUUAAACUGUCCGCCAUGAAGUUUCCCGUGUGUAAGUGCCUAAUUUUCUCCGAAUUUACGCCUUGUGCGUUAUACAUGACAUUCAGAAAUGACUUCCCGAUCAUAAUUCUGCCUCUCCAUUCAUUUUAUUAGUUAUAUGCUUUUGCACUGAUACGACUUUCAUCCUCCCUGAUCUAGCCGGCCUAAAGAAUUUUUCGUUCAGUGCUUCCCUUUACAUGCAGCGAUCUAUAGCAGAAGGUCUGGAAAAGCCGACAACGUUUCUUCUGCGAUAAAAAUCGAGUGCCAUAGGUCGACUAUAGGUGUAUUAAAUAUAUUAAUAUAUUAAUUAUAUUUGUCGGGUGUGAUCAGGAGUAUACAAUGGUGGAAUGGCGCUCGCCGAUCACGCUAUGACAGGACAACGAGCCCGUGACUCAGUGGUCAGAGGGGUUGAACUUCUUACCAACAGGCCCUGGGCUCGAGCCUCAAGUAUUCUACAAUUCGGGGUUGGGUAUGACAGCUGACGACGGUCAAUAAGUCAGAAAUGGCCAUUCUAGUCUUCCUUAUAUCUGUCGGUAAUACUAUUCGACCAAUAUUUCCUGUCCAGCUGGUUUCCGAAACAUGGACGGAAAUUGGAGCAUUCGGGUUCUGACAGUCAAAAUGGGAUAGGUCUAGGUCCAUAAAGUUGUUGUUAGUUAACAUCGUCACAGUGUGGCAGAGAUCAGCAGAAAUCGUGAUCAACCGUGGAUGAAGGCGUCUGGGAAUGACCGGACUCAUUACAGACUCAGUUAUGCUUUUUCUUCGCCUAUGUUACUGUUCUGGCAGGCGUGUUAUGCUGACACUAGAUAAUCUGCACUCUUUGAUCGACGGAAUACCACCUGUGCAGUCUCCACCUGCUCUCUCACCCUCAAUCAUCGACUAAAGCAAUAAGAAUUCCUGGUACUGGAUGCUUUAUAAAUUGUUUGAAAAAAUUCCCCACCGCCGCUCAAUGAUAGUCGCCGAUGCUUAGAUUGGCAGGAUCUGUCCAGUCAAGUCUGCAAACAGUCAUGUACAGUAAUAAUAAUAACAAUUGUAUUUACUGCCAGUUUACAGGCACUGUCAAAGAAAGAUAAAGCACGGAUCGGACUCGCAGCGAAAAAAGCACCCGAGGAAGUAAGUGUAGGUGAUGUCGUUUUUGGAUAGUUUGGAUGGUUUGGGAGAAAAAACUGCUGCCCGUGAAAUGACGUCAGCCCAGAAAGGGAAUGGUUAUCACUGCAUCGGCUGUUUUCAGUCUUUUUUCUUAAAAUUGGGACUACACCAAACAGAGUGCAUGGAAAAACAGUUUUUCGCCGUCGACUGAAAAAAUUGUCCGUAGUGUUGCGGCUAUAGAGUCAACAUCAUCUCUUACAGGAUGAGACCGGGCAGGAGGAUCAGAGACCACAAACUCCCUCGCCACGGAAGAUUAAUUCGACCUAUCUCAUGGUAUGCUGACCGAAAUUAUGUGUUUUCGAAUAGCAAGGAUUACUUAGGUGGGGUUGUAAUAUGCACCGAACGACUUUCUGCUGCUAUCAACAAAGGCUUUGCUAAGUUGCUCGUCUUUUCCGACUCGUAGUGUAAUACGUGACUCAGUUUACACUUCCAACCUAAGUAGACUGCUCGAGCCUCCUUAAAUCGAUGGCAUAUGCCACCGUGCGGGGUACUAUUCUCAUUUCUCCCCUGACUAUCGUAUUUUCCUCUAUCCUCGGAAUUCUUAAAACCCAACUUUCCUUGAAUUUCAGUGGUCAAGCCGUUGACUGCACACGGAAAACAGGGCAGCGCUCACGAUGUAGGUUCUAAAUGUGUUGUUAUAUCGUAAUUGGGUCUCAAACCCUCUCAUUUGCAGUCUACUUUCCAUCUAGUCGUAGACAGUUCGGCACAAUUUCUAGAAAUUUUUCUAAGAAUUUUGACAUAAUUGGUGCCUUAUUAUAAAAUGUUUGUCAAACUGUAGGCGACACUUCUUACUCUGACCAUGCAUCGUUUACUAGUGGUCACAUUUUAUCAUUUUUAAAAAAAAUUUCAUCCCAUCAGAUGAUGCUCAUUUUCAACGAGAAGGAUCUUUCGCGUGUUCCGAUACCGUCGGUUCUGCAAAACUUUGAGAACCACGACGGUUUCCUGCUCAAAGCCUACGUUAUUGGACAGCACUUCCACCUGGUGUGCCGUCCUUCCAUUCGAAAUCUCUCAGAUGGUGGUAAGGGGUGCAAAUACCCAACUUCAUUUAUUUUCACUAAAAUAGACUCCGUACACCGCAAUUAGUCGUGUCAGUUUUUCCUUCUAAGUCAAUUCUGGCGAAUUAAAAGUUCAUAAAUGCUUUGGCAGGGUUUGGAUGAUUCACUUUGGCCCAGCCGUGUGAAACACGGUGUCUCGAUGGAAUUCGGACACACGCCAGCAAGGAGAAGGCUUUAGUACAGCCAACUCUCUAGUUACCUGAACUACAAGGCCCCACCGGAAGACGUGGAUUACUUAGAAAAUCCUGCUUAGACAGUCACCUUACUGUAUCAGAUUUGGUGGAUUCCAGACGUUGCAGUAGGCCGGGUGGGUAACUUGACCCAAAUGUGAUUAAACGCUGGGGCCUCGUAGCUGAAGUGACUAGAGCGUUGGCUGUACUAAAGCCUUCCCUUUGCUGUCGCGGGUUCGAAUCCCACUGAUGCUCCGAGUUCCUCACACUAUGAAUUAAAGGUUACUUUAUGGAUCGAGUGGUUUCUCCUUCUGAGCGGGUACACCUGCUAGUGGUACGAUAAAUUUAUUAGUGGGGAAUAUUCACACGCAAUUAUCGUCCCCCUUGGCGGCUAUGGACGUGCGUAAACGGCAGUAGAGGACUGGGCAGCGCAACCGUCUGUCUGGAUUUCGCACACCGCACCCUCCGACGUUUUUCAUCCCGCAAGACGGUUUGAUCCAAGUUGCGAAAAUAUUCAAAAAAUAAUUUGACGAGCGCACGUCUGCUUUCGAUAAAUUCUCCUCAGGCCUGCACAUUUAUAUGACUGUUGGAAUAGUGAAUCAAAAUAUACGGGCAAGUAGAUGAGUAUGCACUAGCUCGGGUUUGGGGACUUGAGGCAGAGAGUGAAAAAAAAAAUUCCAGUCAGCGUCAGUGGUAUGGUGGGCACCGGGAACGGCCGGUUUGGCGGCCUAAGCCCAUGGAAACUGUGGUCCGACUAUCUAUAAUACCACAACUGUGUCUUUCAUGCGUUAAAUCACCUGAUCAUCAUUCAUCCACCGGCAAGUAUAGCUUGCCACGCCAGACGUCACCGGCAGUAUUGGCGUUCAAUGCUUUAAAAGCUUAAAGGCUCCUCUUAUUCCAACAAUUUGGUUUUAUUUAACAGAACCGUUAUUUGUUAGAUUACCAAGUACGUACUGGUGAACUAUAGUUUGGAGUCGGAACAUAUCGUUUCCCGUACCCUCCCAGUCAUAGUACUUGCCAAACGCCGCUUAUUCGAUUUUCUGGCGUGAUGCACCUGUGGAAGACCGCUCUUGGAUUGGUCGACCGAUGACCCUCUCACUGAAAGUAGGUUUUGACAUUUCGACCGUCGUAGCAAACGAUGUCCGCCGUGUGCUCCACAGUAAGGUGAGGACAGGCAUAGUGACUUGCACGUGAGUUAGUUUUUAAUGAGAGUCGGCGUACACAACAUCUACUACACUCCUUCCUCACCUGGACCCAGUUUAAAGAUAUGGUCAAGAAGACCGGAGGCGGGAUAGGGCGCAGGUGGCUGGCACGGCCGGACCUGCACCUAGGCGUGCCGCCACACCCCUGGACCACAGUAAACACGUGACCAGCAUUUUUAACUCACAGCAGCACAACAGGCCAGAAGGACAAGGAUGACUGGACAGCCAUGCUCACGACCUUUAUGUCCAGAGGGAUAACAAGCGCAUCUAGUGACAGGGAACCAGGUACCGGAGAAUUUCCAGCACACACCAGGCUGCGAGGGCCGUUGUUUGCUGAUCGUGGCCCACAAUGCAUGUAGCUUAUAGCACCCUGUCGUCUCGGUAAUCAUCAGGGGAGAAAACAAAGUAAGUUUGUUAGCACGAGACAUCACCAACCCUUUUUUCGGGUAGUGAGUAGUUCAUCAAUGUCAUGUUAGCUGUAAUGAUUUUCUCGCCGACAUGCAAAUAUGCCUUGGUGAUUUAUAACUUGCUUUAGUGGGUUCUAUCUAGUUGUUUCGAAACCUUUGGUUAGCGUCUGCGCGCAAAGCACACUUCAAAAACCAGUGGAGGGCAGUUUAGUAUCCACCGUUAGGUGCGGAACCUCCGUCUGCGGCCUCCUACACUGGUGUUAUUUCCUCAUAUUACAGAGUAGUACAUAUCAGAGUUAAAGCCCAGCUACAGUAGAUGAGCUAACACAUGAAAUGUUAACCGAAAUCCUGAAAUGCGUUUUUGGCUCGGAACGAUUGCCUAAGUAGGGUUGUAAUAUUAAUUACCGUACAGCAUAACCCCAAGGUAUUUCAGUUACUUCGGAAUGCCGGCUCUUGACUGAACUCUCCGACCGCCUGCGUAAGCUAUACUGUAAAGAUGACUACUUAAGUAGUGCGUAUUUUCCCCAUUGAUUUUCAAUGUCCCUGUAAGUCGAAAUAUAUUCCAUAAAAACAUGCAUAAAAAUAUGCAUUCGUUUACCUUUGAAUCUUAUACUUGACAGAAGGGUGUAAUUCAGUUUUAAAAAAGUUUCUAGUUAUGAGAUUUUUUAAGACUGUGGAAUUUCCGUUCAUAAAACAUCGUGUCCCUGCAUCUGUUAAUGUUGCUUGUAACGUUUGCAAUAUGGUACAAAGCCAUCGUUAAAUUUUAUUAACCGCAAAUGGUCUUCUCUUAAUGGCGUAUAGAAACAUUUGAUUUUCCGUGCACGGAAAUUAUACAGCUUGUAGUUGGGAAGUCCUGAACGCAAGUUUAACGGCCGGCCGGGUCCGAAAUUAUUCUGGAAUUGGAAAAAAAUUUUAAACCGGCUUAUAUCCUUCUUCCAAGCAUCAAAUUUAAUUAAUACGUAAUUUCCUUCUAUAUAAGUAAGAGAAGGAAUAUUUUUAUGCAUUUUUCUAUGAAAUACAUUUGGAUUUAUAAACACAUCGAAAGUCAAUGGGGAAAAACUGAUACCACGUAAGCAGUCAUUUUUUACAAAGUGUAGUUUUUGCAGGCGGCCGGAAUGACUUUUGCUCAAAAGCCGGCAUUCCGAAGUAACUUAAAUAUCUUGGGAUUAUGCUGCACGGUAGUCACUAUUACAACCCAACGUAAGUAAUCCUUGCGAGUCGAAAACGCAUUUCAGAACGUCGGUCAGCAUUUCGUGAGUUAGCACAUCUACUGUAGGAACCUCUUCCAGAUUUGUUUCAAUCGAUGCCCGUCCCUGCCUCUAAUUUUUAACUCAACUACUGAUCUAUGUAAGAACUACGGGAGUGAUUUUGAAGUAGACUUAACCCCAAGUGCUUGGAAAGGCAAGGUGUCCAUUUAUAUCCUUCUCGAUUUGGAAUUUCUUCCCCUAAGAAAAAGUUUGAAUGCCAAAUAGGAUCCUUGGUUGACGACUAAAGCAACUCCUUGCACCUUGUCCUUACCUUAUCACCUUUAGACCAUGAGCCGAUAUCCUUCAGCUCGCAUAGCGUCUCCAAGGCGGGCUGCCACUCGAACUUGAACAACGUAAGUACUCGACCUCGGCUAUUCCCAUUUUUCCUUCAAAAGGCAGGUUGAAACCAACAGGCGUGUUUUAUGACGGACCAAUGCAAAGGUUAUAUGGAGAAUUUCCGAAUGGCAGUAAAAUUAUCCGCGGUGGAUCAUUCAUGAGGGGUUGAGAAGGCGUUAUGACGUCGCGAGAGUACAGUUGGUUGAAAAGCAUUGCUGACGGGCCACCGCAGCUAUAACAGAUCUUUUGGGCGCAGGGAAACGGGUCUCGUAAGCCGAUUCCCGUGGCAAAGAGGUGCCGUCUGAGUGCUUGACUGCUCUAUGUCGGCUAUUUGGGAGGUUUCUGUGGUCACCACACGCUUAUCAGGUACACAUGCCCACAUAAUUUCUUGUCCUUUCGAACGACACGUGAAGGAGAAAAUCCACAUACGGCCUACGUUGGUAACUUCUCAUCAACUCCCACGCACAGACUGCAUUCUUGAAAGUAAUAGCGUUCCAUAAGUAAUCGAGAAGUUCCCUGAAAAGGUCUUAGCCUUGAUCGGAUACGUAGAUGGUCCAGUGCAGUAAUUCCUCUUUUCUGGCUUAGAUUUUUACUGGAUGUUAGGCAGUAUUCUUUGCAAUAACUCAACUCAUCCCUCCCCCCAAACUCAGAUUGUUAAAUAGUUAACCGAGUUAGUUGUCUGCCUAGGAAUAAACAAUCAGUCUACUGCGCUAAUAAAACGUCUUCGCGCCAAACCACUGGCCGUCGCACCCAGCCACAGGUAGGGACUGGCAAAAAAUUCCUCUUCAAUUGAGGCGGGUAUCAGGCAAAGAGGCACCUCUCCGCAGUGGCAAAUUAUCACUCCAAGGGCACUUCAUAAACAAGGGGAAAUCAUUGCUUACUGGAUCUCCCCUAUCAUCAAACAAGAUCCCAACUAUCGCCAAUUAUCAGUUUCCUCAAGAGGACUGGUAGAGCCUAGGACUUAUCAGCCACAAUUCUGUGCACCGUUUAGAUUCAGUGUCGCUAAAAUGACAACAUGAUGUAGUUGCUGCUCCCGGGGAAUCUUCCUCGCCGACACCGAAGCGUCAGGCCUCGCUCUGCAGAGUGAGUCCUCGGAAUCAUCUUAGACCGAGCUGGCGAGACUGCGAGCAGAUUCACUGACCAAUUGCGCGGCAGAUGAUAUGGUCAGAGCAAUCCAACGCUCACUGGUCUUUCUAUUUUACUCUCAUCCAGGACUGUGAUACAACGGAGUCUACGGAACCGUAUUUUAGUGCGGUGGCGAGAACGGUUGAGUGCCUGCGCCGACAUCUACACCUGGACCUCUUCGGCGUGGAUCUCAUUGUGUGCAGUCCCUCGGCCGGUUGUGAUGUGAAGAGGCUGGCAGUAAUUGAUGUUAACAUCUUCCCUGGUGAGUUUGUUCUCCGCUUGGGUUAUGUGCUGUAAGCUAGCAUCUGAAGUCCGUUUUGUUGGCCCUCCUACUCGCUUCAGCAUGUUAGCUGGGAGUUAAUUGCGCAUCGCUCGUUUGUUGAUUGCCGGUUUGAUUAUGAUUAUGGCGGCGGCGGCUGAGGUGAUGAGGUGCGCCCCAGUGCGCAGAUCAAAUCGCCUUAGGCUCCGAUGUCUAAUCAGAGCCAGAGACCUCCGAGGGUUUCGAAGAGGCUGAGGCAUGCUGAUGAAAGAUCAUGUCUGUGAAGUGCCUGUUUGCCUUGAGUCAAAUACCACUUUACACCGACGGAUGUUGAAGGACAUCAUGCAUGUCUUCGCACUGUUAAGAGUAUCAGAACGAAUAGGACUGCAGUUAGUAUUCACACUGCUUUGCGUGAAUCGGUCAAACCCGUGAAACAAAGCCGGCCCUUGAAGGUAAUUGACGCGCCAUUUGACGCACCUCCCCAAGCGACUGAAAGAGAUGCGACCAAUUAGAAUUGUUCACAGUCAUUGAAGGCCACAUUUGUCAACUAUAGAUUGCCUGAAUUCAAUUUUCGUUGGUGUGGAAGGAACAUUAGCUAUCCCUGGGGGAGAGAGAAGUGCUGUGUUCGCCCGAAGCUUCGCAGAUACAUCCUCGGAGAUAGUAUAGUCGUCUUUCGUACCGACCUCGGUUCGUCACUCCUCGCCGAAGUGAUAACAGACGUCUCGGUAAGCCGCAGGCAGGUCUUUGCUGCAGUUGACUGAGUUGGCGUUAAUUACCUCUCUAGCUGUUUUGCCUUCGGCUCGCCCAAUGACUUUUGAGGUGUCAAAAACAGCACCUCUCAACCAACCACCGUUCAUGUUAAGCUGAACGAUUAUGACAGUAAUUGCUGGCAUGUUUUUAACUUUCACAAGUUAACUGAAAGGAAAUUAGCACUCAUUAUUUAAGUACUAACAAAGGCCUCCAAGUGUAUACUGAAACCUCACUUAUUUAUCCCUUUUUCAGAUUACAGUUGUGUCCCGGACUUCCUAUUUCACCUCGAAAACUUGAUCCGUGAGAAAUUGGACUUGCCAAAACUGGCAUGUCCGGAGGAGAUGUGGUCCUGA